GUAGUUGUUUUGCAGAUUGCCAUGUCACUAGAGGCGUAAGGUUUGGGUGGGGCUUCUAUUAAAGCUGUUGUGAAGGUGUUAUGUGGGGGAGAACUGAUGCUGGAGUUGGAUAACACAGCACAAUUCCCAGGGAUCUCGUAGUCCAGGGUAAUUAGAUCUGCAGACUCAGAUUCAUGGAGUGAUUUAGUAUCCCUAGGGUGCUCCUUGGGGUUUUUUCCCAGAUGCAGGUCCUGCAUCCCAUAAGUUAUCCCUUUAAGCUUCCUGAGCUUCACUGAAUGUGUUUGACUCUGGAGACUAAGGGGAGAAUCCUGUUGUUGUGAAAUACUCGACUUGGAAAGAGGCCUUUUGCUGCAAGCUUAGAAUUUAGGCGCAGCAGUAGUAAGGGUAUGUGGUCCGAGGAGAAGCUUAAUAUCUCCCUUGUAUUAUGCAUAUCAGAGUGGAGAUCGAUUUGAUUCAUUUCUCUUUUAAGUAGGUGGUAUAGAUGUCUUUUGGAGUGAUAGGUGGAGUUCCAGGGAGAAAGCCUUCUUCUGUAGUAAUAAACUGUUAAGCAGACCUUCUUAGGAGAAAGUACCAGUUCUAAGGAGUUUGUUACCUCAUGCAAAUGCAGAGUAGGCUCUUUACAGUUAAGCUUUUUUGGGGCUAGAUCACAGAUGGUCUGUCUCUGUUGUUUUAUUUCUUUCUGGGUUGCAAUGAUGGAGUCAACUUUAAGGUUGAUAUCUCUGAGUUUGUUGUGUAAGCGCUCAACCGUGGUAGCAACCUGUUGGAGCAUGUGCGAGUACCUUGUCUCAAUCACUUGCUCGGAGAGCACAGAAGCAACUCAUGUUUCCUAAGUUAUGUUUUCCUCAGGCUUGCUUCAUUCUUCUCAGGAUGUCUGGCUUCACGCUGCUCACUUUGCUCUUUGUGGGAAGCACCAUUACUUCCGCAUCCAAUCUGCCACUCCCAGACUCUUCCUAUUCUGGUGAGUUUGGCGGAAACGGAGGGAAACACUUUUCGCAUUUCAAAAACCAUAUGGAAGGACCUAUCACUGCCUUGAGGGUCCGGGCGAAUCAAUACUACAUUGUGGGCCUCCAGUUCAGCUACUGCCGCCUGUGGAGUGAAUAUGUGGGUGGCACCGAUGGGGAGAUGCAGGAAAUCUUCCUCUAUGACGAUGAGGACAUCAUCCAAAUCACUGGAAAAUACGACAGCUACAUCCAGAAUCUUGUGUUCCUCACCAACAAACAGCGCAGUUUUGUCUUUGGAGCCUCCAGUGGCUAUACCUAUCACGGCUAUCGUGGCUUUACCUUCAAUGCAGUUCCACUUUAUAGAAGCGCGGUCUUACGUUACGUCAGUGGCCGGUCUGCUUCUUACAUAGACGCCUUGGGUUUCCACUGGGGCAAACAGCUCAAGAAAUCUAAGAAGUGUAGACGUCUCACAGUGGAUCAGGGGAAAUGAAAUGCACAUUAUUCAUAUUCACUGAAAGAGAGGCAAAGCAAGGAACGGGAGUGCUAUAUUUGCAGGCAAUGCUUCGAGCUUUUGCUAUGUGCCACUAAUAAGCUAUACCAGGGGUGGGCAAAUGGUGAUAUUCCAAAAUGGAGAUGGAUUGUGUUUUAGCCCAAUUGUAUAGGGGAAAUUAGGAUGCCUAAGAGGUGGUUGCCUAGUCUGCCAUUUCUAAUGUGUCUUCUUUUAUCAAACAACUUUCUUCCACCUUCCCAUCCACCAAACCACACGGUCUUUCUCCACCGACUUUUCCAUCCAUCCAUAACCCAUCACUUCUUCCAACACAAUUUAAUUAUCUCUUUUCUUAACCAACAUAUGCCCCAAACUUAUUCUGUUUCUUCAGAGCUUUCUCUCUCUCUCUCUUUAAGUACUGAGCAAUAGUAUUGUUGACAAGCAAUAUCAACCCAAUAAAAGCAUAUUUGAAACAAACUACCAGUCAUUUCUUUAUUGACGAUUUGCUUUGCAGAAAACAUCACCAAAUCACUUCACUCCAGGACUUGAAGAGCAUCUGUCAUUAACUUUGAAGACCAACUCUAUAAUAUCUGAGGGUUUUGUGAAUGGAAUGAAGGUGUAACAGUAUUCUGGCAGA